AUGAGAGCACUAGCUGUUCCCCUGUACAUAGGUUUGAAAAUCCAUGUAGAGACAAGAAGCAGAACCCUUAUAGACACAUUAUUUCGUGUGAUGUCCAUAUCUGCUGAUGCUGCAAACAGUGUAUGGCAUCGUUUUGAACAGGACGGUUUAGUUUGCCCUCCAAAACAACGAAGAGAUCUAUUUUGUACCGCUGCUCUAGACAACAUUGACCACAAUCCUAGCGCAACUACAGCGAAAGACUCGUUCCAUGGUACAGCAAUAUCAGUAGUGCAGCAUAUAACUACUGAGAAUCAUGGUACGGAACGCGGGAUAAAUGUUAUUAAUGAAGAUAUACCAAGGCAGAAGACGGUGAGAGAACUUCCAGGUGCAUACAGAAAUGUUCCGCCAGCUGUUCUGAAAGAUAAAGGUCCGGUUUUCCCUAAGUCAAUAGGGCCUGUAAUGCCCCCAACACAAGAUCAAGAUGCAAUUACCAGAAACAUUAAUUGGUUAGAGAAUGUUAAAUUACUUUACGGAAAAGACGAGCUUGACAAAGAGGAAUGA